AUGGGACAUGGAGGCAAUGGGAGAGAGCGAGCCCUUAAUUAUUUGGUGAGACUUGAGAGCUGACCAGCAGAGCAAGGAGCCUUACUCUUCCUCACAUUUGGCGUCCUGCUGAGGAAGCUGCAGUUGAACCCAUCCCUGAAGGGAAUCAGCCAUGUGGUGGUGGAUGAGGUUCACGAGAGGGACAUUAUUAACACAGACCUGCUGCUGGCUCUACUGCGUUUGAGCUUAAAGGAGAACCCUGACCUACGAGUGGUGCUUAUGAGCGUUACUGGGGACAAGCAGAGGCUGUCCCAGUACUUUGGGGUCUACCAAAUUGUUAAAGUGCCUCAAUUCAUACACCCAGUGAGGGACAGAUACCUGGAGGAAGUGCUGAGAGAGAUGGGACGCCCAAGUCCAAAGAGAGUGGAGACAGACAAGCAGGGAGGAAGAGAGGAUGUUACACCAGAUGUAGAUUUAGUAGCUGAUGUUAUCGAGCACAUUGACAGACGUGGUGAGCCAGGUGCAGUGUUGUGUUUCCUCCCUGGUUGGCAGGACAUCAGGGCUGUUCAAGAGAAACUGGAGGAGAGGCACCACUUCUCCUCAGGCUCACAGAUGAUCUUGCCAUUGCACUCUAGUUUAUCAGUAGCAGACCAGCAGGCAGUGUUCCAGCGCCCCCAAGUGACCCAGAGGAAGAUUGUUCUCACCACUAACAUUGCUGAGACCUCCAUCACCAUAGAUGACAUCGUCCAUGUGGUGGAUGCAGGAACUCACAAAGAGCAGAAUUAUGACCCACGGACUAAGGUCUCCUGUCUGGACACAGUUUGGAUAUCUCAUUCUAAUGUCAUUCAGAGAAAAGGGAGAGCAGGGCGAUGUCAGCCAGGACAAUCCUACCACCUGUUCCCACGACAGCAGCUGGAAUCCAUGACUCCCUUCCCCAUCCCUGAGAUCCUGCGCACCCCGCUGGAGAGUUUAGUAGUACAAGCGAAAAUCCACAGUCCAAACUGCAAGGCUGUAGAUUUCUUAUCCCAAGUGUUGGACAGUCCGGAUCAAGUAGCUGUGAGAGAUGCUGUCCGAAAUCUACAAGACAUUGGAGUCCUGGACAAGACAGAAACCCUGACGCCUUUAGGAGAGCGUGUCUCAUGCAUGUCGUGUGACCCUCGACUGGGCAAAGUGCUGGUCCUGAGUGCCAUGUUCAGAUGUGUUCUGCCCAUGCUGUCUGUAGCUGCAUGUCUGACCAGAGACCCUUUUCACAACAGCAUGCAGAACAGAGCUCUUGUUAGCAAGGGGAAAGAGGCUCUGAACAGGUCCAGCUACAGCGACUAUUUGGUGUUCAUUAGAGGUGUGUUGGGCUGGAGGAGACUUCAGCAGGACGGGGACAGAGAGGACAGGGAUGAAUAUCUGCACAAGCACACUCUGUCAAGGUUCAGCCUACGAUUCAUCAAUGGUCUCAUCUCUCAGUUCAGCGAGAACCUGCGUGAAGCCGAGGUGGUGUCUCGUGCCAAUGAGUGCCAGCGUCACACUUCUCUCUACAACGAGCACAGCAACCAGGAUGAGCUGCUUAAAGCUGUACUGCUGGCUGGACUCUAUCCCAACCUCAUUCAGGUGAAGAAAGGCGCUGUGACCAAAGGGCGCUUUCGCCCCAACAGCAUGUCAUUCCGCACACACAGAGGGCCAGUACUGCUUCACCGCGCCUCAGUGAACAGGGGAAAAGAACAGCUCCCUAGUCGCUGGUUGACAUUCUUCAGCGCUAUCCAGUCCAACGGGAACGUUUUCAUCAGAGACUCUUCUACAGUCCAUCCACUCGCCCUGCUGCUGCUCACAGACUGUGAUAUCACAGAGACAGUGAACGGAGACAGAGUGGACGUAUCCUUUCCUGGAUGCUCUCUGGUGCGCUGUGAGUUAUCAGUUGAGACCUGGGAGCUGCUGUGGGAGCUCCGCACUUCCAUUCAGACCAUGCUGUACCGCAACCUCAACAAUCCCAGCAACGCAAUCAACAACUCUUCUCAAGACGGAAAGCUCAUCUCUUUACUCGUAGAGCUGCUCAACAAUACAGACUCAAACCCUUUUGCUCAGAACCACAACAGUGAUAACAGUGACAGUGAGGUGGAUUGAUGACAUUGAGAACUUUCUACACGUGUGCGUUGGAUCUGCUGGCUGGUACAGAGGAACCAAAGAGGAUGAUGGUUUGAAUGUUGUUUUCUUAAAGAAAGUUUGAGUAAAUGAGUUAUACUCUGUUUAACUAAUCAGGACUCUUGAAGAGCAAAAAUCCGUAGUGGACUGUUGUCUGCUACUGUUAUUGUUGAGGUAAAUGAUGAACUCUCAUGUAGAGUGAGGUAAUCCAUUGGUUUGGAUUUUGGACUGUGGUUUAUUAUUUAUGGUGAUUUGUGCUUUCUGAAAAGCAGAAGUUGAAUUUUACUCAGAAGGGUCAUUGGCCAAAGGUUAUUAAAACAGACUGCAUGCAAUAAAUGAUGUCAUAUUUCCAUCCAUCCAUUAUCUGUAACUGUUUAUCCUAUUCAGGGUUGCGGGGGGCUGGAGCCGAUCCCAGCUGACAUUGGGCAUAUUUAUUGCAAUAAAUAUUCACUUGCCACCAUGAG